AUGUCAUCUUAUGUCUUCUUUCUUGAACAGUGUUUGUUUCCCAGCCAGUCAGUUUCGACCGGCGAAGAUGCGCCACACCUCGCCGAGGUCGCCGAGGCUAGGUACCGUCUUGGAACAGGAAAACGUUUCCUGUGUCUUCGAUUUCCGCCACCCUUAUUCGCCUUGUCUCACCCAUGCCCGGAUCCGAUGGUUUCGGAAACGCGGCGAAGUGGGGCCGUCCCGGCGGAGGCCCCGAGUGAACAUGCGGCCCGGACACCGGGGUCCCUUCAGAAGCAGCUUCUCUCAAAAUCCAACCUCGGGAUGGGUGAAGGUGAUUUGACUUCUGACCUAUAUGUCUCUGGCGAGCCGCGAAGAUCAUGGAUCUCCAAUUCACUCGACGCAAAUGUUCAAAAUACAUCUAGAAGGGUCAUUGUUGGAAUUCAAAUCGAUCGGCGUCUCUUGCCCAAUGAUUGCUAUCUGAUGGGGGAAGAUCAUACGUCCGUACUCAUCAAAACAUCGGAAAGUGCUGGUCUAGAACGGCUACGCAGCGAGUGGGCCACUCUUCGGGUUCUCCCAGAAGCUAGUUCCCGUUUCGAAAGGCCGAAGCCUAUAAACAACCUGAUUAUUCCACGUGCUGCCCCGGGUCUAGUUCACCACAUUGGUCUCGGCGCGGCUAGUCUACAUAGAUUAGGACUGCAGCCAAAUGGUAGCGGAUACCAACACUACGUAACCAUGUGCUGCGAUGUGGCGCGGAUCGCACAGACUGGUUCCAUGGGCACCGUUCCGGCCCGUCAAAUCAGCUGCACGGGUACGGACGAAACGGAGUGCGCGAAACGCGGUGACACGGGUGAUCUUUUGCAUCCAAGACAAUACUCCACGUUGCAGGGGAAACAGCAUGUCAGCCGACCAAGACACUCAUCUCAGACCCUUCAUGCAAUGAAUAUGCAGAACCCGCUUGAAUGCCAUGUCCACAUCGUUAUGCAUCCCUUUGGAGGACGCCUGCCUUGCUGUAUCUGUGGUCGGCCGAUGGGCGCGACUUUCAAGGAUAAAGUUGGAGCACUUCCGAAUCCGGACGAUGAAUUCGGUAUCGAGUCAGUCUGUCUCAACUAG